AGGGGCACGCAUGCGCAGAGGGACGAGCCCGCUGACAGAUUCUCGGUGGUGGUGGCGGCGGCCGCGGCCCUGGACUGCGGGGAAUGGGAAUCCUAGAUCUCUGACUGAGCACCGCCCCCGCCUCCGUGCCCGCGACAUGGCCCAGGAGAAGAUGGAGCUAGACCUGGAGCUCCCUCCGGGCUCAGGUGGGAGCCCGGCGGAGGGCAGCAGCAGUGGCGGCGGCGGGGGCCUCAGGAGAUCUAACAGCGCCCCCCUGAUCCACGGCCUCAGUGACACUUCUCCGGUGUUCCAGGCCGAGGCGCCGAGCACCAGGCGAAACAGCACAACGUUCCCGAAUCGCCACGGCCUGCUUCUGCCGGCCUCCCCAGUCCGCAUGCACAGCAGCCGCUUGCACCAGAUCAAACAGGAGGAGGGCAUGGACUUGAUCAAUCGAGAGACUGUCCACGAGCGCGAGGUGCAGAACGCAAUGCAGAUAAGCCACUCCUGGGAGGAAAGUUUCAGCCUGAGCGACAACGACGUGGAGAAAUCUGCCUCCCCGAAACGCAUCGAUUUCAUUCCGGUGUCGCCAGCACCGUCGCCUACCCGGGGAAUUGGAAAGCAGUGUUUUUCACCAUCCUUGCAAAGUUUUGUGAGUAGCAAUGGAUUGCCUCCAAGUCCUAUUCCCAGCCCAACGACCCGAUUUACUACCCGGAGAAGCCAGAGUCCCAUUAAUUGCAUUAGACCAAGUGUUCUUGGACCAUUGAAAAGAAAAUGUGAAAUGGAAACUGAAUAUCAGCCAAAGAGAUUUUUCCAAGGCAUCACCAACAUGCUUUCUUCUGACGUUGCGCAGCUGUCAGAUCCGGGUGUGUGUGUAUCUUCCGAUACCCUUGAUGGAAACAGCAGCAGCGCCGGAUCUUCUUGUAACUCACCAGCGAAAGUCAGCACUACCACCGACUCUCCUGUGUCGCCUGCCCAAGCGGCCUCUCCAUUUAUUCCAGUAGAUGAACUUUCAUCUAAGUGAUUCACCCACCCUUCCUGAGACUCGGUUUUGUUUUUGCAAUGGAGAGAAAAAUCAAGUUGGAACAAGCACUGAACUUUGUCGAUUAAUUUGAGGCUAUUUCCUAUUUGACCCUUUUCCUUUUUUGGAAUUUCCUGAAAUGUUGUUAUUCUAGAGAACUUUUAUGCCAGAUUCCUGCGGAUGCCCUUGAAUUCAGUGUAGUAAUAUUUUCAGACUUUUUCCCAAUAAGUGUGUUGAAGCAUACAUCUUUACGCUGCUAAUAUGUCUAAAUACAUAUGUUAUCCCUUGAUUUUUUAAAAAACUGAGAGCUCUAUUUAUUUAUGGGAUUAAGUUCUGAUGAAAAUAUAAAUGUUGAAUUAAUCAGCAUAGUAAACUGAUGUUUUAAAAUUCCAUACUUCAUGCCCACACUAAUUUUUAAUGUUAUUGUCAGUGAUUGCUAACUUCUAUUUGAUGAAGAACAAUAACUUACCUAUGUACAGCUGUUUUUAAAGUGUUAGUUUUAUCCAUCCAGUGGUUGUCAGUUUUACCCAGGAGUCCUUGAAUAUUUAAUUUUCUGGGUAUAGAAGUGGAUGGGAGGGGGGGAAGCUGAUAAAAGAGCAAAAUAUGAAAGUUUGCAACAGAUCUUUUGAAUAUACAAAAGUAAACAUUUAAACAUUUUCUAAUGAAAUUUUAAUAGUAAUUUAAUAUGUCAUUACAAAUAUAACUACUAUACAGAAUUUCUUCUUUUUUUUUUAACCAGAUAGUGCAUUCCUAUGGGUAUAUUCCUGAAGUUAAAUGGGACAGUGCCUUGCAGUCUUAGCCCACUGUACAUAGGCUGAGGCCAGGUUCUUUGUACCACUGCAGACUUUAUCAAUUGUAGAAAAUGUGUGGGAAGCCCUGUUGAACUUGAGCAGAGCGCCUAGGCAGAUGAAACUCUCUCAGUCAUUGAUAUGCUUUAAUAAGAUACUCAGUCGUGCCUCAGUGAAAAUUCUUGCCAACAAGGAGCUCAAGAAACUUUUGGCUGCUUUUCUGCUUUGCCCGUCUGUCACCUUCUUGGUUUUCCCUGGCUCAGGAAGGAAGCAGCUGUUUCCUUGCCAACAGGUCCUUCCUCUCCACCUCCCAAGAAACUAGGGCAUCAUCAGUUAGACAAAGGUACAGUGUGACUCAAAUUUCUCACAGUAAGCAACAACAGGACUGUGGAAUUGUUUCAGGAACCUCUGUGGUUAAAGCUACAGCUGGAGUUGACUGCCUGGGGGAUGUCAGUUAAUUAAGGGGCAAUGAGUUGCCAGAGAAAAUCAGGGGAGAGUCACCUAGGUAAAUCAUUAUUUAAUUUAGGUUUUAGUAAAGGUAGAAUUAUGAAAUGUUUUUUUUACACUUAAGACAAAGUAUGAAAAUAUUUAAUGACAGGUUUUUUUUUAUAUGAUACUUUAUUUCCUGUCUCUUCCUUAACUAGAUUACUAGGUAGAUAGAAAGAAUGGCAAACAAAAGGGAAAGGGGAAAAAAAUAAGAGAGACCAAGAAACCAAGAGAAAAAGUUCCGGCUCACUUUAAGUUAUUGCCUACAGAGACGUUACAAUUAUAUGGAAUUUUUGCAACUAUGAGAAUAAAUGUAACCGGUCAACUCAAGAAUUCAGUGAAUUACAGCGAGGGUAAGAUUGUGUCCACAGGCUUAAAGUUCUAUAUUCUGGGUAAUAGUGUUAAUGUGCUCCAGUUCUGACCUUGUUGCUCAAAUUCACAUGUAUAUAUCCAACUUCCUGUUGGGCGCUUUGACCUACUCCCAGAGGUUCUUUAACCUCAGCAUCUCCAGAGCAAAAUUUAGUAUCUUUUCUUUUAACCUGUUCUUGGAUGAUCUAAAAUUGUCAUCUUGUCUAAUUUCCUAAACUCAAAACCGGGGGCAGCAUCUUGGACUUUCCCUCUUCCUGUGCUGCCACAUCCAGCUCAAUCACCAUGUCCUGUCUGCUUGCAAACUGAGUCUCAUAUCUCCCUUUCUCUAUCUCUGUUGCCCCUGAAUUUAGCUUAAGUCCCCGCCUAAGUGAUCUCCCAGCCUAUUUUCUUACCUCCCUUUUGAUCCAGGCUUCAUACUGCCUCUAAAGUAGACUUUCUAAAAUACUUAAUUUUGUCAUCCUCCUGCUUAAAAACUUUAUAUGCUUCACCAUUUUGUACAUUUUAGUGAUGCUUUCUUCAGCUUGACAUAGAAGGUCCUUCAUGAACUGUCUAUACGCUAAAACAGUAUAGGCAUCCUCUGCUCAUCCUGUCCCAGUUACAUGUCCUUUCUUCUUUGUAAACCCUAGACCAGUUUGUAAUCUUUAAAUAUGCCUUGUACUUUAAUGUAUUUGUACCUUUGAUUAAAUUGUUUCUUUCCCUAAAA